AUUUCAUUUUUCCUAUCUCUAAAACCCCCCUGAAAAAGGGGGCAAAAAACCUCCAAAACUAUGAGCAAAAAAAGAAUACUCAGGGACAUUAUCGGUAUUUUCAAAGACAAAGCUUCCCUUCUCAAAGCCAACUUAUCAACAAAACGCGGCGUUUCAUCAAUCCAAGUCACCGUUAUACGCGCCACCACACACGCCUCCACAUCUCCACCACGGAACCACCGCAUCGCCGCCAUCAUCUCCGCCGGUGACCACUCCCUCCCCGCCAUUUACGCAUGUAUCGACGCAAUCAUGGACCGCCUUCAUAGUACCCAAAAUCCGUACGUUGCCUUAAAAUGUCUAUUCAUUUUUCAUAACAUUAUGGCUAAAGGUUCACUAUUAUACAAGGAUCAUGUAUCCUUUUUCCCAUCCUCCGGUGGCCAUAAUUCGUUAAAUCUUUCGGGGUUUUACGAUAAAUUCGACGUUGAAACGCGACAACUAUCGUCGUGGGUACGAUGGUACGCUAAUGUCCUUGAACGUAACAUGAUUACGUCUAGGACAUUGGGUUCAUAUAUUUCUCCUUCGUCAAGAUUAUCGAUAAAUUUCGAUAAAAUUGAGAAUCAUAAGGGAAAUAAUAUUAGUUUUUCUAAUUCCGUUACGGAAAUGGAAUCAUUGGUGUGUUUGGUGGAAGUAAUAUGUGAAGCGCCCGAGUCACAAUAUUGUCAAAAAAUUGACUUAGUCCAUGAAAUUAUGAUAUUAAUUUCGGAGGAUUAUCGAUCGACGCAGUACCAUAUAUUGAUACGACUCGUUGAGUUAUCGAGCCGAGUUUCGAGAUUGAGUUACCUUGAUUUGUCUGAGUUGAUAUUGUGUUUGUCAAAGCUAGAGGGAUGUAGGAAAAAGUUGAAUGAAUUGUUUAUACGACGAAAAAAUGAUUUAUUUUGGGAAAUGGUAAGUCAAAAGAAAAUGGAUAUGGAGAAGGUGAAAUAUGAAAGGGAAAAACAAGGUUUAUUACUAUGGAAUGUUGAUGAGAAUUGUGAUGAGUUAAAUUGGUCAUCACAAAGAUUUGGAGAAAAAAUUCAACAAUUUUUGGUUGCUGCUUCAUAGAAGUCAAUUGGUGACAUUUGAUUUUUGGGCUUUAGCUUUUGUCUAGAGGCCUGGGCUGGACUGUAGUC